AUGUUGUGUCAUAUUAUCUUCAGUUUAUUAUUUUUUUGUAUUCCUGUCUUUGCUACUAAAAUACCUUUUAUCAAUAAUACCGUUUUUAUUCCAACAUCGAAUACAGAUAUUACAAUAAUUACAAAUCAAACAUGUAGUCAAUGUUUAUGUUUCAUACUGAACUCUUCUUAUAUUGCCCUAAAUUGUCUCCCAAACGAUACAUGUCAAUUUUUUAAUACUUUCUCUCGUACUUAUACAAUUCAAACAAUAUCACAAGCUCGUCUCUACUUUUUUCAAGAAAUUUUUCCAAAUGCAAGUCAGUGUUGUAUAUCUAAUACUGAUUACCUGAUAAAUAAACUUAAUACAACAACUCCGAUCCAUGCCAAUAUUCCUGGUCCUCGUUGUCUUGUUUUUGACAAUAAUGGAUAUUUAGUUACAGUCUCUUGGUCUAUCAAUCAAAUCAUCCGUCUUUAUCCAACAAAUCUAACCAUUGUUAGUUAUCCAUUAUCUCCUAGAUUCAACGACAGUCCUCAACUUAUAACUUAUCAUAAUGAGGCAUAUUACGUAGCAUUUCCGUACUAUAUCGUGGCCGUUGACACUAAUACUUUGACUAUACUUAGUAAUAUUACAGCACCGAACUUAAGUGGAACUCGUGGUAUGAUGUUUCUUAACAACGGACAAACAUUGAUUGUUGCUUCUACUUUUAAUUCAUAUCUUCUGUUUUUUAAUCAAUCAGCUACGGACUCUACAAGUUAUAGUUUUGUUAAUCAACAAAAAGUGAAUUAUAUAGACCCACAUGGAUUUUGGUAUGUAAGUGACACUUACUUCUAUGUGACAUCAUGGCAAGAUAAUACGAUUUAUGCUUAUUCUGCUACUAAUAAUAGUGUAAUAUGGACGGAACAACUUUUUGUUGAUGCACACUCAGUAGCACCAUCAAGCGAUGGUAAUCAUUUAACAGUUGAUGAAUGUGAUCGUUAUUGGUUCAUGUUAGGAGGAAAUGGUAUUAGAAUUUUUAACAAUCAAGCAUCGCUCAUUGCAAAUUUAACUCGAAUAUCUGCAUCUCCUUUUUAUUCAAUUAUUACCGAUAAAUAUGUAAUAUAUGUAUCAGAUACAUCAUCAAAUUUAAUUAUUCGAAUUGAUCCAAAUAUCCAAUGUUAUUCUGAUGAAGAAAAUUAA